GACUAUUAUAACCUUUGACUUCAACAUCAAGCUUUCAACCGUGGACGUCCCCCUCCUCCCGAAGCAACAAGUCAGCCCCUGAUUGGUCCACGCACCCCCUUGGGUCGGUUUGUAAUGGGCCCACCGUUGCCUUUCCAUGGGCCGCGAAAUAUCGCGUAAAAACCUGUCACUCCAUCCACCAGUGAAGCCCAUAAACACUAUUUUACAACCCGAGAUCCAAGAAGCUGCCUCGCCCCAAUCCCUUCCCCCCACGUGUCCCGUUAACGUGUUGCCCGAUAUGCCGCCAAGUGUCGCCGUCAACCCGCCAACAUUCCCAGUCCCUUAUCUCUCGCCACGUGUCCCUCCCAAUUUCCCUUUUAAAUAUCUGAGGGUGGGAGUUGGGAGUUUAUUUUGCUACACUUAACUAACAAGCAGAUAUGAUUCAGAGACAAAACCGGCCGACUGGCCGCCGCCGAAUUCUCACCUCUCCGGCGGUCCAUCCCUGCGAGAACAUCUCCCAGGCUACUCUGCUGGCCUCGCUGAUCCACCUCGCGGCGAAGAUUUGCGAGCACGGGAAACAAUUCGUGACACAGAGGAAGAAUGCUCGCAGAGCGAUUCGGAAAGUCGGGAUUCUCCUCAUGUUCUUGGAGGAGAUCAGAGACUGCGAGCUGGUUUUCUCGGACUCUGUUUUCCUCUGCUUCUCCGAGCUCCACCUCGCCUUCCAGAAAAUCCUCUUCCUGUUGGAAGAUUUGGGGCGGGAAGACGCCACGCUGUGGGUUCUGAUGAAGUCGGAAUUCGUGGCAGGACAGUUCAGGAUGCUGAUCGGGUCAAUCGCCACGGCUCUCGAGAUCCUGCCGCUGGAUACGAUGGACAUUUGCGGCGAGGUGAAGGAGUAUGUUGAGCUGGUGGUGAAGCAUGGGCGGAAUGGGGAAAUGGAGGUGGACCUAGAUGAGGAAUUGGUGGGGAAGCAGGUUGAAUCGGUGUUGAAUUGUUUUGAUAGAGGAAUCGAGCCCGAUUUCGAUUUCGUGAAGCGCAUUCUCGAUUUCGUCGGGAUCAGGACGUGGAGUCACUGCAACGGUCAAAUUGAAUUCCUGGAGGAGCAAAUUGAGCUUCGGAGCUCCGGUGGCGAGGGGGAACAACGAGAGGUGUCGUUCCUGAGUAGUUUGUUGGGAGUUUUGAGCUACUGCAGGGGAGUAAUUUUCUUCCAAACUCUGGAUUCUAAUGCAGGGGAAGAAGAACAGAGUGAGACCGGAAUCAUUUCGGAGAAGCUCGCCUGCUUAAACCCAGAAGAUUUCCGCUGCCCAAUUUCGCUCGAGCUAAUGACCGAUCCCGUAACAGUAUCCACCGGCCAGACAUACGACCGAUCGUCGAUACAGAAGUGGCUGAAAUCGGGAAACACUACGUGCCCCAAAACAGGGGAGCGGCUGCAGAGCAAAGAGCUUGUCCCGAAUACAAAUCUCCGCAACGUAAUCCACCAAUUCUGCAUCGAUCGCGGCAUCUCCCUGUCGACAGCCACAACCCAAGGCGGCUCGAACAUCGCCAGAACCAUAAACCCAGGAAGCAAUUCUGCAGCCGCGGCGAUGAGAUUCCUGUCCAGGUUUCUGGCAAGGAGGCUGGGUUUCGGAACGGAGGAGGAGAAGAACAAGGCGGCGUACGAGGUCCGAUUGCUUUCCAAAUCCAACAUCUUCAACAGGGGGUGUUUGAUUCAAGCAGGGGUAAUUCUCCCCCUGCUAAACCUCCUGAAUUCCUCUGCAUCUCAAGAGAACGCCAUUGCAGCCCUGUUGAAGCUCUCGAAGCACGCCGGCGGGAAGAGGGCAAUCGUCGAGAACGAUGGAAUUCGAUCGAUUCUAGCCGUUCUGAAAAACGGGUCCAGCUCGGAGUCGAAGCAAAUCGCGGCGGCGACGAUUUUCUACCUGUCGUCGGUGAAAGGGUACAGAAAGCUGAUCGGGGAAACUCCGGAAGCAAUCCCAGGGCUGAUUGAGCUGAUCAGAAGCGGAACCCACUGCGGGAAGAAGAACGCCGUGGUGGCGCUCUUUGGGCUUCUAAUGUACCAGGGGAACAGCCAGAGAGUGCUAAGAAACGGCGCCGUUCCAGUGCUAAUCGACGUCGUUUCGAGUUCCGACAAGGAAGAGCUGGUGGCGGAUUCGCUGGCGGUGCUGGCUUCCCUGGCGGAGACGGUGGAAGGGACGAUCGAGCUCGUGAGGAAUUCGGGUUUGCCUGUGGCGAUUAAGGGUAUGCAAUCGAUGCGGUCGGUGCGUGGUGGGAAAGAGCACUGCAUCUCGAUGUUGUGGUCUCUGUGCAAGAAUGGCGGAGCGGAAGUGGUGGAGGCGUUGGCGGGGGAGCAAUCGGUGAUGGGUUCGCUGUAUUCGGCGGCGACGGAAGGGAGUUCGUCGAGUGGGAGGGGAAAGGCGAGGGAUUUGAUCAAGGUUUUGCAGAGGUUCUGCGAGACGGGUGCUUUAGGGGAUUUCUUGGAUUCGGAUGGUCCAUGCGAAAGGCCUCAACUUCGUGAGUUGUGAUUUUUGCAGGGAUUGUGAAACCGUACCGAAGUUUAUACCGGAAAAGUCAGUGGUAUGGUAUAUUAUAUUAAAAUUAUGGUUUAAUCGUAGGUUAGUGGUUUUUUACCGUUAAAGUCGUAUAUCGUUCUGGUACGAGUACCGACAUUUCCGGCUCGACCGACUAGGUACAAUAGGAUUUGUUAAAACAUUGAAUUUUUGUAGCUUCUUGAAUACAACCUUCAGUUCGUAGACCGAGUCUGGUACUUGUAAAUAGUAUAACCAUUGUUAGGGAGGUCAAGUUUAGCUCCGUUUGGUUUUUGGUGACGGACGCUAAAAUUUAUUGUUUUAGGUUGGACCGGCUUUUGAAGUCGUAUUUGUGAAUACAGAAAUCGAAUACGUUGUGUUGUAUGUUAAUUUAGAAUUGGAUUUUUUGGUUUUUUUUCUAGAAAUUUUAGUUUAAUCAAAGGUUAGUGUGACUAACCAAAGUUAAAAGAAGUAUUAUGAUUUGGGCUAUAUGUUAUCUAGUGAUAUAGACAAGUUCAAGUCUAGAAUUACAAAUAAAAUAUGGUGAGCAACAAAGUGGCAAGUAUAAAGUCCAUCUAAUAGGUAAAGGAACGAUCUUCCAUUUUUGGUACUCCUUAUGCUAGAGCAACAUCGUCGUUUUUGGUCAGAUUCAUCAUGGCUAUGCCAAGACUUAAGAUAUAUGUUAUCAUGUGAAGUUCAUCCCUAUGAAAGUUCACAUAGUGAUCUUUCUAAACUUGUCUAACUAUCAUCAUGGCUAUGCCUAAGAUUUAAGAAUCUCUUGAAAUUUUAGGAUUACCAUCAAAUAACAAAGAACCGAUAGCAAUAUGAAUGUUUAUGGUAUUCAGAUUUAAGCAGACUUUACCAUGUUUCCUAUAUUUUUCAACCAUUUAUAUCCUUUCAUUUGUUAAAAUUAAUACACAAAAAACAUUAUCAAUAAAAAUAAUACAUAAAAAAGAAUAAGAGAGAGCUAAACUGUUAACUAAUUGAAGUUUAGGCAUAAUGUUGUCAUAGCUUGGAAGUUCAGUGACUAAGAUGUCAUAAUGUGCUAGUUGAAGUAUUAAAUUGUAUUCAACCUCUCCUCUUCUCUCCCGAUUUUUCCUUUUGGGUCGUAGAAACUAGAAAGAAGACUAGAAGUAGCCGUCUCUGAAGUUGAAGUGUCAAAGUUAGGGUUCCGCUCUCCAUUCCUCUGCUAGGCUGCUUAUCGAUUAUACGCUUCAGGUAAGAUUCUUCUCUUCUUCUUUCCUCGCGCGAUCUUCUCUGCUUCUAUUGUAUUUCAUCAAACAGAGGAACGCAGUUCGUAUUUUCAGUUGUUCUCCGAUCUCGAUUUAAUCAUUCUUCUCAAUUUCGGGCAUUCGCAGGAACUUUUUUCGCAAUAUUGGAAUGGCGGCCGAGCAGAAGGCAGCUACCGAGGACGUAAAGAUGGACCUGUUCGAGGACGAUGAUGAAUUUGAGGAGUUCGAAAUCGAUCAAGGUAACACUCCUGUUCUCGUUUGGCUCUGUAGAGAUUUAGGGUUUUUGCCUUUUGGUAAUCCAGAGUUGACAUAAUCGUUGCAAUGAACACUAAGUUAUUCGAGACUAGGAUUUUAGGGGUUUUGGUAAUGCUAGUUAGUUCCCAUAUUGAUGUGAUCCCCUUUGUUGCAUUCCUGCUGCACGAUGUGAUGAUCUCAGUGCAAGAACUAAUUGAGUAAGUUCUUCGUGGGUUGUUGCUGCUAUCUGUUACAUGAAUAGAGUAGAUGUAGAAUUCUGGCUCAUGGCCUUCAGCAACUAAUGACUAGUAGAAUUGCCUCUGAGAUCUAUUAGGAUUUCAGAUUUGUUAAGAGACUGCGCCAAGGGUAUUCAAGACUAGGAUUUAGGGUUUUUGGUAAUGCUGCUUAGUUUCUAUAUUGAUGAUGAUCCCCUUUGUUGCAAUUCCUGCUGCACGAUGUGAUGAACUCUGUGCAAGAACUAAGUGAGUAAGUUCUUCAUUGGCUGGUGCUGCUAUCUCAUACAUGAAUAGAAUAUAAGUACAAUUCUGGU